AUGGCGAAGGUGCAGGUGAGGGCGAGGUUCGUAACGGAGGUGGCGCCGCCGCAGCUCGUGUCGGUCGUGCGGCGGAGGAAGGUGCCGAGGAGCCUCGACACGAUCGUCGAGGACGACAGGGAGCUGCAGCAGCUGGCCUACGGCGACCAUCAUCAUCAUCAUCAUCAUCAUCAUCAUCGUCAGGCUACUGCCUCCGCGGCGUCGAUGAAGAGGGCGUUGCCGGCCGGCGCGCGCACUGGCGGUGCCGGGUUCAUGAGGGAGCUCAGCAGCUGCUUCUCCGGCAACGGCGUCCACGGCCAGGCGGGCGGUGGCGGCUGGGAGAGCACGCGCAGCAAAGGGCACGGCCGACGAGCCGUGUUUGCUCACCGGACGCAUGCAAAUUAA